GAGGGAGGAGGAGCGAGGACUCGGCACGCAGGCUCCCCCUCCCUCCCCUGCCUCCCGAACACAGCAAUCAACUGGGAGAGGGGAGGAGCCAGGAUGCAGCAUGCGAAGUAAAGGGGGAAGAGAGCAGAAUUUCCAAUUCAAAACCUGGACAUAAUCUCCCUCAUAGACCGAGAGGAAGAGCCGUAAGUUCCUGAUCUCCAGGGCUGCGAGGAAAAGGAGAUGCUGAGUGGCACCUGUGCAGGUGAUGGGAUUGUGAGUGAGAAUGGGGAGGAGAAUCUGCACCAGGACAGUCAUGAGUCAGUGGAACCACAUGACACAUUAUCAGGAGCAUCCCAAAGGAAUAUUUCCCAAAGCUCUGAGCAGGGCAAAGCCUGUAAGGGUCAGCAUAGAUCAGAAAGGCAUCAAAGAACUCCUCCAGGGAAGAGACGAGGUAAAUCAACUGCAUGUGAAAUAGGUUUUAGGAAACUGCCAGACAUUAUCCAGCUGGGAAAUCCCAAGAUGGAGAAACCAGUAAUAUGUGAUGACUGUGGGAAAAGCUUCCGGCUGAGAUCAAACCUCAGACAGCAUCAAAGGAUUCACACCGGAGAGAAACCCUUUGGAUGUGCUGAGUGUGGGGAAAGUUUCCGGCAGCGCUCGCACCUUAUUCAGCAUAAGACAAAGCACACGGGGGACAGACCCUAUGAAUGUACCGAGUGUGGGAAAAGCUUCAGUAUGAGCUCAAAACUCAUUCGGCAUCAGAUAAUCCACACAGGAGAAAAACCCUAUAAAUGUGGUGAGUGUGGCAAGAGCUUCAUUGGGAACUCACAGCUUAUCCUGCACCAGAGAGUCCACACAGGUGAGAGACCCUACAAAUGUGGUGACUGUGGGAAGAGCUUCAGUGUGAGCUCAGCUCUUACUCAACAUCAGAGAACACACACUGGAGAGAAACCUUAUGAAUGUGCCGAGUGUGGGGAAAGCUUCCGGCAGCGCUCACACCUUAUUCAGCAUCAGAGAAUCCAUACGGGUGAGAGACCCUAUGAGUGUUCCAAGUGUGGGAAGAGCUUCAGUGUGAGCUCUGCCCUCAUUCAGCAUCAGAGAUUCCACACAGGGGAAAGGCCUUAUGAAUGUGCCGAGUGUGGGAAAAGCUUCACAGUGAGCUCACACCUGAUUCAGCACCGGAGAGUCCACACAGGGGAAAAGCCCUACGAAUGUGCUGACUGUGGGAAAGGCUUCCUUUGGAGAUCAGCCCUUCUUCGACAUCAGAGAAUCCACACAGGACAGAAACCCUAUGAGUGUACCGAGUGUGGGGAAAGCUUCCGUCAGAGCGCACACCUUAUUCAGCAUCAGAGAAUCCACACUGGGGAGAGACCCUAUGAAUGUGCUAACUGUGGGAAAGGCUUCACUGUGAGCUCUGCCCUCAUUCGACAUCAGAGAAUCCACAUGGGAGGGAAACCCUAAAAAUGGGCUGAAAGCUUCAUGUCAGAUAUCCCUCCAGAGUCUCCCAAUAGAUAGUAGCCAGACAUGUUUCUUGCUUUGAGUCCAUAAGGCUCUUCUCUUUUCACAGAGAAUGAAAAAUGCCUUGUUGAGGAUGGUCAAGUUAAACAAAGAGGAAAUGUUGGUGCAGGGAGAUGAGUCAUGUAGGGGCCUGAGGUGUGGAGAGGAAUGUAUGCUGGGAGCCAGAGCCAGAGACCAGGAGGGGCUGUGGGCAGCGGGAGGAUGGAGCAUUUGGAGAGAAAAGAGAAGCUGUUAGUAUAAUUGGAGAGAAGUCUCCCAUGAAAACCAGGGCUGGAACUAACAAGGACUAUGCCAGGGGAAAGGACUGGGCCCAGUAUCAUUGGUUCCCCAUGUGGAGAAGCAGGAAGGGGUAGCGAUCCGAGGGCUUGAUGAGUCUCGGCAGUCUCUCCGUCAUAUCAUGAAUCCUAGCUCCAGACAAGCAGCACACUUCUCGGUUUUCCUGGUCAGGAUGGCAGAUAGAUGACUCGGUCCCCUUUAUGAUCUUGGGAUCUUGGUAGGAUUUAUCAAAUGAAGAUCUCAAUCCCUUUGGUUUCAAUGACUGAAUUCCCAGAUUUUUGGUCAUCUGUUAUAAAUUUCAACUUUGCCAGUAUUCCAAGACUAUUUCCAAAUAGUUUUGGUGGAAGCAGGUGCUAUUCCUGUACACAGAUGCUCAGAUUUCCUCCCAAUAAAUGCUGCUAUACUGUCAAUGACAGACAGUAUAGAAGUAUUGCCUUCAGAGGUGAAAGUAAGCAGGUCCAGUAUGGUACGGUUUACUGGCAAGAGCCAGUACACAGCCAACCAUACUGGCAGGGGGCAGCUUCC